AAUAUCAGAUUUGUCUUGUUUUGCUGUGACCUAAAUAUUUUUUUAAAACGUGAUAUUGGAUUAUAAAAUCAAAUCUAUCUUCCAUUUACUAAAUUAAUACAAAAUGCAGCAACUGAGAAAGCUUGUUGGAAAUACUGCAAGCAAAGAGCGAAGGAAAUUAUUCAGACAGUCACAUUUUCAAGACACAAUAAGAUGUAUGAGUGCACAAGAGACCCCUACAAUUGAGAAAAAUAAAAUACCUUUUGUAAUUCCUAAAGGUACUUUCGGUCAGCCAACAUAUCACACACAUCCACAUUUAAUAAAAGAAGAACAUUUGACAUGGGGCGUCACACAGGCUGAAUACAAAAAAAGGCGAGAAACUCUUGUUGCGAAAUUAGUUGCAGAAUCUGAAAAUAUGCACAAUACUCACAUUGUAGUAAUACCAGCCGCUCGCAAACAGUACAUGUCUGAUAAAAUCCCAUAUGUAUUCAGACAGCACUCUGACUUCUUCUACCUCACUGGGUGCUUAGAACCUUCUGCAAUAUUAGUGUUAAUGAAACCUGCACAAACAGACGAGUUUAAGAGCAUAUUAUUCGUACACGAAAAGGACGCACAUGCAGAGUUGUGGGAGGGGCCUCGGACGGGAUGCACAGCCGCAGCUCGACUGUUCUGCAUGGAUGAAUGUCGACCCGUCGAGAACUUCAACACGUAUUUAAAUAAACUCACCACAAAUUCAAAGCCGGCAGUACUUUGGUACCAUAAUGAGGAGCCUGCCAACCCUGACAUACACAACGCGGUCAGAGGGACCCUCAGAGGAGAUAUCAAUGUCACCCUCUCUGACCCUAAGCGAGCCUUACACUUUAUGAGGGUCAUAAAGUCCCCGGCGGAGAUUGAGCUCAUGAAGGAAACCUGUUAUAUUGGGUCGCAGUCCAUUAAUAUGGCUAUGGCUUGUACGAAGCCAGGUAUAUCCGAGCACAUGGUGAACGCCGUGCUGGAAUACUCGUGCAAGCAGGGCGGGGCGGAGCACCUCGCCUUCCCGCCCGUCGUGGCCGGCGGAGCCCGAGCUACACACAUACACUACGUGGCCAACAACCAACUGCUCAACGCUAAUGAGAUGAUAUUGGUUGACUCUGGCAGCCAGCACUGGAUGUACAACUCGGACAUAUCUCGCACGUGGCCCGUGGCGGGGAAAUUCUCCAAGCACCACCGGAUACUAUACGAACUCGUGCUCACUGUACAGAAACGUCUAAUAGAGUUGGUGGGCGAGCAGCGUCCAGCGCUGGACAAGUUGUUCGACAGCAUGUGUCGGUUGCUGGGCAAGCACCUGAAGGAGGAGGGGAUCAUAUCUAAGACAUUGGAGGGACAAGAACUGUUCGCGCGCGCGUACCGCCUGUGUCCGCACCACGUGUCGCACUACCUCGGGCUCGACGUACACGACGCGCCGCUCGUGCGACGGAACAUCCCCGUCUGCACCAACAUGGUCGUCACUGUGGAACCUGGAAUCUACAUCAGACCAGACGACACGACAGUUCCCAAAGAGUUCAGAGGCAUCGGCAUCCGCGUGGAAGAUGACGUACUCAUCACUGAUAAAGAGCCAGUAGUGUUGACAGAAGACUGUGUCAAAGAAGUAGCCGAUAUUGAGGCUAUUGUUGGCAAACAUACCCUUUAACUUAUAGCCUUUUGUUUUUAAAGGCUGGCAACGAACUUGUCGUUGAGUGUUGCGAGUGUCCAUGGAAGAAAAUCACUUGGCAUUAAGUAACUUACUUGUUUUCUACUCCUAAAAAGCCUAGACUGGUUCACAAGGCGGUUUUAGGACUACACAGACCUAGACUAGAUGAAAAUACCUAGUUAAAACGGUGACUUUUGAAUCUUUAUAUAACUUAUUUUAUUUAAAAUUGACCCAAUCAACUUCAUUCUCUUAUUUUAUUCUGUACUGACUGAAAUGUUCAUCUGAAUUUCGUCAGUUCUUCAUAGUGCGACUGGUAUCUGCCAUACAAUAUCACUAUUGGUGACGACUGCACGGUUGGUGCGGUGGCGCUGGGCAACCGGCUGCCGUGCAACGUGUCGCGGGUUCGAUUCCUGCACGGAGCAAAACUUUGUGUAAUCCACAAAUUGCAGUUUCUGGUGUGGGUGUCAUUGUGAACGUAAACUUGAAUGAUUGUAAACGCACCCACGACACAGUCGAAUAUCGUAAUGUGGGGCAAAGUUUAAAAAAAACUAUGGCAUUAAU